UAUUUAUUUAAAACAGAACAUUUGUUUUGCAUAAUUGAAUGCAGUCGCGUUACUAACUUAUUAAAUUGUGGGCUGAUGGGGGAAUAUAUACUGCUCAUCUUCAUUUGACCAGUUGACAGCUUCAUUAUUUAUUUAACAUAUUUUCAGUUUUGUUAAAUUUUAUUUGGGGGGUGGGAGGGCUCCAUUUACACAAAUGCAUUGCUGUACAAAUUUAUCCAAAUUUUAUGUAUCUUUUCACAAGGACUUUUCAUUGACUUACAUCCAUUUUUCAUUCAUUUACACUAGCAACCAUUACCACUUCAUACUUUACCCUAAACCUAACCUAAACUCAAUUCACACUUUAGCCCUCAACCCAAAAAGAACACAUCUUCUUCACCUUUUUUAUGUCAAAUGGAAAUCACAUUCUAAUAUAUAGAAUAUGUAAACUGUAAAUUGAUUUUGACUAUCAAAGUUCAAACUCUUCUAUCAAACAGUAUAUUUAAUAAAAAGAAAAAAAAAGAAAAAAUGUGUCACGUGAUGUUUCUCUUACUUCAAUUGCAUGUCUCAACCUGAAAUUAAUUAAAUUGUGAGAAAUUUCAGAUUGUCGUUGAACUACAGAGUGAUUCUUCGUUCUUUUAGACGAUCUUUGUACAGUACAAUGACGUUCUCUGAUUGCUGGAGCGAUGUUUUUCCCUGUCUUUUCCAACUGUCAAACCGGCUUCCUCGUUGUGGGUUAAAAUGACUUUAAAGUCUAUCCGAAGACCACAGAACUGAUUUGCCGUCGUUUGUUGUUGUUGUUCGAACAUUUACGGACAUGUUGACAAACAUCAACAGGUUAAACUUUGGGAUAUGUCCCAAACAUACGCGCUCGUAGCUAGCUAGCAUAAAUAACUAAUCAAUAAUAAGUUAAUAACUGUGGAAGUUGUCAUGGACGCCGGAGGAGAGACGACCAGCGACAUUCGGACCGUUUACGGGGCUGUUUCUGGGAAACCGAACCUAGACCCGACGAGGCUGCUGUGUUUUAAAGUUUACAAGAGGAGGUGGUUUGUGCUGCUGGUGCUGUGUCUGUUGAACUGCUCCAACGCCACGAUAUGGCUUACCUUUGCACCAGUUGCAGACCAGUCAGGCCAGUACCUAGCGGUCAGCCUGGAGGACAUUAACUGGUUGUCACUGGUUUUCAUGGUGGUUGCCAUUCCGCUCAGCUUCGGGACCACCUGGAUGUUGGACACCCUCGGUUUACGGAUCACGCUCAUCCUGGGUUCCUGGCUGAACAUGCUUGGAGCUCUGCUGCGUUUCCUCGGCACGCUGCUGCCGCCAGCUCGAUUUAAGCUCCAGUUUCCAGCAGUGAUGCUGGGUCAGACGCUCGGCGCCCUCGCCCAGCCCCUCAUCAUCUUCGCCCCCACCAAACUGGCCGCCCUCUGGUUCCCCGACAGCCAGCGAGCUACAGCCAACAUGAUCGCCUCCAUGUCAAAUCCCCUGGGCAUUCUGCUCGCCAACAUUAUUUCUCCUGUCAUCGCCAAAACAUCGGCUCAAAUCCCAAAACUGCUGCUGGCCUAUGCUGUCCCAGCAUGCAUCACCUGUCUCCUAGCAACAGUGGGCAUACGGAGCGGCAAACCCCCAACGCCACCGUCAGCCGGCGCCGAGAGCUCCGGAUCUGAGCCGUUCAUUCAGGGACUGAAACUGUUACUGAGGAACAAAGCGUACCUCAUCCUGCUGCUGUGCUUCGGCUGCGGCAUCGCUGUCUUCACCUGCUUCUCCACGCUGCUGGACCAGAUCCUGUGUGUGAAGGGAUACAGCAACGACUUUGCUGGCCUUUGCGGCGCUCUCUUCAUCGUCUUCGGCAUCGUUGGCGCCGGUGCCGUCGGCGUCUACGUGGACAAGACGAAGAAGUUCACCGAGGUCACAAAGAUCGGCCUGGGCCUCUCCACUCUGUCGUGCAUCGCCUUCUCAGUGGUGAGUCUGAUGCCUCAUCAGAAGGUCGCCGUCGCAGCCGUCUGCUCUCUCUUCGGCUUCUUCGGUUUCUCCAUCUACCCUGUUGCCAUGGAGCUGUCCGUGGAGAGUUCGUACCCGGUCGGAGAGGCCACCUCGGCUGGACUCAUCUUUGUUUCAGGGCAGGUGCAGUCGGUUGUUUACAUCAUCCUGCUGCAGGCUUUGACCAAACCAAUCACCGAAUCUCCGCUCUCCACCUGCGGAGACGCAGUGCUGAGCUGGAAAGACGGCUGGAGGCGGAAGAACAAGCUGCUCACGGGACCAGAGAGAAUAACGACACGACCACUUCCUACCAAAUAGUCGAGAACUGAAGGAAAUGGAAACAAGAGACAGUUACGGGUUGGAUCCAGCCUCUAUGAAGUGUUAUGCCUGUCGAUAAGUGCAAUAAGAUUCUCUGAUAAUGAUUCAUGAUUCUUUAAACAGAAUCCGGAACAAUUUAUUCAUGCAUUCUGUUGCUUCAAAGGAGAAAUGAAGUCAUUUGAAUUUCCUGCACUAUAAUGCAAAAACAAAAAAAUCUUACCACUUGAAAUAAGAUAAAAACUUAACUUACAAGUAACUUUUCAGUAAAUAAUUGCUUAAUAUGGAUGAAAAAGUACUGGCAGAUUAUUUCACUUUGUAAUUUUCAUAACAAAGGAGCUAAUAUGCAAAUAGAAUUAUUCAUUUUUCAUCAAUAUUAAGGAUUUAUUUGCUUAAAACAAGUUCCUAUAUCUUGCUGAAAAGUUUUGCUUGUCUGCGACAUUUGCACUAGAAACUAGACCAAAAAUAUUUGGUAAUAUUGUGUGUUUUUGCACCACUGGGGCAUUUUAGUUGUCUUGUACUCAUUUUAUAAUUAAUUUACAUAAUUUAAAUACUUAAACUGCUAAUUUUGUACAAUAAUUUAAUCACUGCUGUCUCUGUUUUCAUCCUGUGUUUGUUUUGGCUUCCCUCACACUGAACUAAGACCAUCCAGGGUCUGGUGUGAAGGAGGCCUUUGCUAAUAAAUCUUAGACAACUUAUGAUGGAGAGAAAACUCUCACCAGGUUUACUGACAGAAGAAAUCAGGGUACUUUUUAACAUAAAUAAAAUACCUCAUUGAUUAUGUGCUGAAGUAGAAAAACAAAAAAGGAUUAGAAACACUUGCAAGGUUGUUGCACUAAACUAAACCUGCCCAGGAAAGCAACCUUGAACAACUUUCUUAACCUCAAUUGUUAGUAAAAUUAUUUAAACAUGUUGUAAAAAAUGUGUUGCCAUCUUAGAGCUUAAAAAAAUAUGAAAAAUACAUUUGACUAACUUUGGUUAACUUAGCAUCAUGGUAAACAGCAUUUAUUGAAACUGAAACUUGGAUCCUGUGUGCCAAUAUUCAAUGUUAAAAUCCAACUGAGCAUAAAUGUAUAAAUUAAAAUGUAAAAUUAAACUGUUUUAUAAUUGUACAACUUGUAACGACUUAAUAAAAAUGUUUCUUUUGGAUUGCUGUCAUGAUUUAAAACUGUAAUUUAAAUGGCUAUUUGUUUGUGGAGAGUUUAACUUUUUUCUCAGCUUGAAAACAUUUUUUAAUGGAUAAAACAAGGAUAAUUUUUAUGCAAUUUAGUAAUUUUUCUCUGAGUUAUUUUAUAAUUUUAAAUCUGACAUCUGUACAUAAAUAUUUCUUUCACGUAGAUGUCAUGCUUUAUUGUAUGUUUUAAACAGAGGUCAGUUGAAUCAGGUAUUUUCAAUGUCUCCAUGUUACCUGAAAACUGUAGUAGAGUAGCUCAUCGUGUCUAUAGAAGAUCUUUGUACGGUACAGUGACAGUUUGUUCGCCAAGUUUUCCUUCUUGUACAUUUGCAAUAUAAAAUGAGCUUUUCUAACUGAAACUUCAAUAAAACCUUUCCAUGUCCUU